ACAUCCUCGUGACUUCGAUGUACACAAUAACCAGCACAUGACAGUUCUCGACCGACAUCCAAGCAAGUGAUAUCUAGCUGUUAGGAAACGAAGAUGGGACAUGUUUUAUUAGCUCUUACAGCGAUUGCUGUAAUAACUCAAUGCGUAACAUCAGCAUCCUAUGAAAAUGGCUGUGUCUACUGCAAGGGCAAGCACUGUCAGUACAAAGCCUCUGUGAUGGCCGGUGACUGUACUGCCCUCGGCUCCUACAACGACACACUCCUGGAGACGGGCUGGGGCAUACUGGACAUUUCUGCUGGAUACGGCAAGGUGAAGUUUACUGAUCAGGAACUUAUGUAUGGUACCGGCUUCAUGGAAGGAGUUCUGACAGCUAAGAGGAUUUAUGAACAUUACCAGAAUGCAAAGGAUUAUUUCCUCAGUAAAAAGUCAGGGGCAUACAUAACUAAACUACAGACGUUCCUAUCGGACCAGGACGUGUGGCUGAGACAGAUGGUAGAGAAUAACCAAGCUGACCCAGUGUGGAGACACGUGGGCUUGGUGAUCGACCAGUACGAUGGACUCAUAGAUGGGUAUAAAUCGGUAGCCCCAGACAAUCAGCAACUGGAAGUAUUUGCCUUUCAAGUGUUAAACGGAGCUGGUGACCUUAUUGACCUUCAGCACGCCCUUGACCCCAAAAGUAUUCCUGACUGGAAAAAAAUGUCACACAAGGAAGCCAAGCUUUACAUUCAAAGACAUGGCUUCUGUUCUGCUCUCAUUAAGGUGUUGGGCGCCUAUGAGAAUGUGUUCAUGUCCCACUCCAGCUGGUUUAUGUAUCAGUUCACCAUGAGGAUCUUCAAACACUGGGACAUCAAUGUACAAGACAGCGCCACAGCCGCUAGACAGAUAUCCUUCUCUAGCUACCCAGGUUUCCUGGAGUCGCUGGAUGAUUUUUAUUUGCUGGGAAGUAAGAUGGUUUUACUACAGACAACCAACAACGUGUUCAACGCCUCGCUGUACCAGACGGUGCAGCCCAAGUCUCUGUUGGCAUGGCAACGUGUCAGAGUAGCUAGUAUGAUGGCUCACACUGGUAGGGAAUGGGCAGACAUCUUCUCCAAGUACAACUCAGGGACUUACAACAAUCAGUAUAUGAUAGUCGACCUGAAGCAGAUAGAACUGGGUAAGACCAUCAAUGACAAUGCCCUGUGGGUCGUAGAACAGAUCCCGACAAGAGUGACGUCAGGUGACCAGACACCAAUCCUUAGAACAGGAUAUUGGCCUUCUUACAAUGUUCCAUUUUACGAAGACAUCUACAACAUGAGCGGUUACCCCGACUUUGUGGCCCAGCAUGGGACAGACAACUCCUAUCAGCUGGCUCCUCGGGCCAAAAUCUUCCGGAGAGACGAAGGCAAAGUGCUGGACCUACAGAGCAUGAAACACAUCAUGAGAUACAAUGAUUACCAACACGACUCUUACUCUGAGGGAGACGCUUGUAAUGCUAUAUGUUGCCGUGGCGACCUGAAAAACGAAUCGUCUUCAGCAUCUGGUUGCUAUGAUACAAAGGUUUCAGACUACCACAUGGCGCAGAAUUUUGUAGCAGACAUCGUCAAUGGGCCAACACUCGGAACAGGAUUACCUCCCUUUCAGUGGACAAACCAAUUCAAGGACUCCCAUGUGGGGCUACCAUUGGUGUACAGUUUUGACUUUUUACGUACUUCUCCUCGUUGGAGGGCCCCCUUUGUUUGACCUCCAAGCAUGUCCUCAUCGGAGGAAUAGGUUGAUUGUCAAGAUGCCUUUUUCAUCAAGGAUUUAUGCUACCUUACUGCAUCUCCUUGCCAAAAGAGUUCCUCACCAAACAAAAAUUAUUAUAAAUAUAUUUAAUCAAUACAUUGAUGACAUUUUUGAAAGAUACAUUGGAAAAUAUGUAAUGAUAACCCUGAAGUAUUUCUGAAACUUUAAGUAGUUUGUAAAUUUUGAAAAAUAAGGGGAGAUAGUUUGUAAAUUGCAGGACUAUAAUGUGUAAGGUACAAUGUAGCAUACAUCUUUCAGGUAUGAAGUAAAAUGUGAUGUACUUUCAUUUUGUAAUCCAAUAUUUGGCAAAGAUAAUUUCUUUGACUUUUUCAUGUUUGAUAUUACUUGAUGUAUUAAGGUUAAAGAUACCAACAUGUUAAUCUAUAUUAUCACCACUGUCAUUAUUGUGGAAUAUCUGCUUAAGUCCUUUUCAAAAGAUAUAUUCCAUGGAGUUUACUAUGCAUUUUACAGAAUCAUAGUUAUUUGAAUGUUCGAAAAUAAAAAUGCAAUGUUAAUAUAAAAAUUAGAAAAAGAUCACAGAAAAACUGCAGUUGAACAAGGAAUCUUUACUGUUGUUGCUGUCCAGGAAUUACACAUAUAUAAAAGUACAGCACCAAAAUAAGUGUCCAAUUUACGGGUCGCAAAGCCUAUUUAAAAAGAAGGAACAAAGAAAGAAAUAUAACUUGACAGGGAAGUUACUUUUAAGCCAGAAAACAAACUCCUUUGGGUUGCUUCAUCUUCUAUUCCGUCUUUUCGUAUUGCAGAGUUAUCUGCUCUUGUGAGCAGAUAUUGAUUGUUACGUAAUUAGUUUGUGAGAGUAUUGCAUCAAUUUUUGAGAAAACGACGUAAUUUUCUCACACAAACCAAUGACGUAACAAUCAAUACCUGCUUACAAGAGAAGAUAACUCUGCAAUAUGCAAAGACCGAAUAUUGAACGAAGAAUGCUCCUCGUCGGUAAAGCUCCAAGUGGAACUCUCCUUUGUGACAUUAGCUGAUGAAAUGGUACUGUUAACCUUAACUGUAUGUUGGUUUCUCUAUAAAUAUUUAAAAUUCAAUAUAGACGUACCUUGUAUUGUAACUGUGCGUUACAUUUCCAAUCCAGUCGUCCCGUCCAUUGAUGCAUUUUGUGAAGGAUGUCCAAUUCAGGUUUAAAACCAGUACAGUCCAACAUAUUUUUUUUGUCAUUGCAUAAUAAUGUACUAGAGGACAGGUUGCUAAGCAGUACUGAGUCAUAAUGUUUGAUGACUUAAGUUCAUUGUUUAAAAUAUUGGAUUUGUGAUUUAUAUAAUAGAUGAUGAUUGAUCUGAACUAAUGUGAUUACCGGUGACCAGGCAGAUUUCUGCUCAAAUUUUGCGGCUUUGCAUUCGAAUCCUUACCUGACCUCUUGUAGCUUUUGUGUUCUGUGAAAUACCUGUACUGUGACCAUUGCAUUUAAAUUUUUCGUGGACGAGUUCUAGCUUUAUAGCUGUAUCCUCAUAAAGAAUGAGCUUCAUACUAUAAAACAGUUUUGUAUAUUGUUGAAAGUGGUUCAAGAUCUUUUAUUUUAACUAACUGGAUGGUCCAGCAAGCUGUGGUGGAAUAUACAGAAUACAAACUAAACAUUUUUGACCCGUGUGACCUUAAAAGUGGGUUAAGGUCAUUUAUAUGAAUAAGAUUGAGGACGUUUUAUCUUGAAAAAAGUAUGUGGGAGUUUCAUCUUUAUUCUAUGGACUUUUGUUAUCACUAAAUAUUUGCAUUUCCACUGCACAGAGCCUAGAUGUUUCUACCGGGCCCAAUGUCUGUUAUUUCCGUAUAACAUACAUUGGGCCAUUGUGACGUCGCUACGCUUAUGACGUCAUAACUGUAACGUUGGAGAUUGCGCUGUUCCGCUGUCAACUGGUUGCUGUUCUCUGUAUGGAUUUACCCUGACGUUGAAACAUGUUCAGUUCAAUAUUGUGUUUUUAUUUCUGCGUGAACUGUAAGUUGAUUAGCAUAAAAUGUAAAUGUAAAUGUAACAUACAUUGGCUUACCUACAUAUUUAACAUUGUGCGCUAGCGCACACCAUUCAAUAUGUAGGUAGGCCAAUCUAUGUUACACACCAAUGCAUGUCAAAAAUAUGACAACCAAUCCUUCAGUGAAGUGCAGAUGUGAAAGAAUUUGCCUGGGUAACAAAAUAUCUGUAUAGGGAUAUAUUGUUUAUUAAAAAAAACAGAUUCUGAAGUGGUUAUUUUGAGGAUUUAAACAUUUUAACAUCAUGUGUUUACCGAUUAUGUGUAUUUUUUAAUGGAGUCUAUCAAUUGAGUCUUUAAUGAGACUAUACAGAGGAUGUAAUAUUGAAGCAGAACUGUGAUUAUGGGGAAACAUUCUUAUGAGAUUUUAUAUGUAUAAUUUUUUCAGAUUAAUAAAAUAUUUAUAUGUGG